AUGCACCCAAAACUCUUCCUAACAGGAAAGAUUGUCUAUUCCGUUCCGGAGGAGGUAAAUAAGGGAACAGUUGUUGGGAAUAUUGCGAAAGACCUAAAUAUAAAUGUUCACGAGCUUGAAUAUCGUAUGUUUGAGAUUGUGUCUGGAUCUAAUAAGAAGUACUUUGACGUAAAUCUGAAAACUGGUGUGCUGUACGUUAGUGAUAGAAUUGACCGUGAGGAGUUAUGUCUGACGAAUCAAAAAUGCUCUUUGAAUAUAGAGGUCCUAGCUAAAAAUCCUCAUAAUCUUUACAGAGUGGAAAUUAAGAUAUUGGAUGUAAAUGAUAAUGUACCACAUUUUCCUGUCAAAGUAUUUACCGUGAAUAUUACUGAAAACGCCAGCCCAGGAGAGAGAUUCCCUCUCCCUGUGGCCGAGGACUCGGAUGUUGGCAGUAAUUCGCUGAAAGAGUACAAACUGAGCCCGAAUGAACAUUUCAGUAUUGAUAUGCAGACCGAAGAACAAAGUGUGUUUGCAGAGUUAGUGCUUAACAAGGCUUUAGACCGAGAGAAGCAAACAACAAUUAAACUGGCACUAACUGGUGUGGAUGGAGGGAAACCACCUAAAUCGGGUACUUUAAAUAUAAUUAUAAACGUCAUGGAUAUUAAUGACAAUAACCCAGUGUUCAGUCAACCUCUUUACAAAGUAAAACUAAAGGAAAAUGUUGCUGCUGGCAUUAAAGUCAUAUCUGUCUUUGCGUCUGAUUUGGAUGAAGGCAUAAACAGUGAAAUUGUGUACUCGUUUGUUGGUCACGGAAAAAAGCAAGACUUGUUUUCCAUUAUCCCAAACACCGGAGAUAUUGUUGUGAAAGGGCAAAUAGAUUACGAGGAGAAUCCAGCUAUUGAGUUGCGAGUUCAGGCUAGCGAUAAAGGUAGUCCUCCAAAGAGCACACACUGUAAAGUUUUAGUAGAUGUUUUGGAUGAGAAUGACAAUGCGCCAGAAAUAAUUACGACCCCUCUGUUUGAAAGUUUGAGAGAGGACACAAAGUCAGGAACUGCGGUUACUUUAGUUACUGUCUCUGAUAAAGACGGAGGUAAAAAUGCCAUUGUACACUGCGCGCUGAAAGGCUCGCUUCCUUUCAAAUUAGAGUUGUCAUUUAACAAUCAUUAUUCUCUAGUGGUAGAUGGACCUUUGGACAGAGAGAGUGUUUCUCAGUAUAACAUCACGAUUACAGCUGCAGAUGAAGGCGUUCCGCCACUUUCUAGCAGCACUUUCAUAAAGGUAAAUAUUGCUGAUGUUAAUGACAACGCCCCGCAUUUUCCAGCACCUGUUUUUCACGCUUUUGUGAGUGAGAAUGGCCAAGCUGGAGGCCUAGUGACAAAAGUGGCAGCUGAUGAUUCAGACACGGGAGAAAACGCAGAAUUGUCAUAUUCAUUGUUAGAGAGCUUUAGCUAUAACGUUCCAAUUACAACACUGAUCAAUAUAAACUCUUUAAGUGGUGAAAUAUUUAGUUUGCAAUCGUUUAAUUUUGAAGAAACGAAAAGAUUUCAGUUUCAAGUUCAGGCAACAGACUCUGGCAUUCCUCCUCUGAGCAGUAAUGUGACUGUAAACAUUUUUAUCCUCGAUGAGAAUGAUAACAGUCCAGUUAUUUUGCCACCAUACGCUGAACCCGGAUCAGUUAAUACAGAGAACAUUCCUUACUCUGCUGAAGCGGGAUACUUUGUAGCAAAGAUCAGAGCUGUAGAUAUUGACUCUGGAUAUAACGCACUUCUGUCUUAUCACCUAACUGAACCCAAAGGAACUAAUCUUUUCCGAAUCGGAACCAGCACUGGAGAAAUAAGGACCAGGAGGCGAAUGAGUGACAAUGACUUCAAAACUCAUCCUCUUAUUAUAACAGUGUCUGAUAAUGGAGAGCCAUCACUCUCAGCAACUAUGUCUAUGGAUGUUGUGGUUGUUGAGAGUAUAGAUGACAUGAAGACUUUGCUUAGACAAGUCCCAGUAAAAGAGGAGAGUUUUUCAAAUUUGAAUCUGUAUCUGCUAAUCGCUAUUGUCUCAGUGUCAGUCAUCUUUUUACUGAGUCUCAUGGGCUUUAUAGCUGUUAAAUGCUUCAGGACAGACGGUGGUUUCAGCUGGUACGGCGCUCCAGUGAUCAACACACAUCCAGAUGGGAGCUGGUCCUACUCUAAAUCCACACAACAAUAUGAUGUGUGUUUCAGCUCAGACACAAUAAAGAGUGACAUGGUGGUUUUCCCAUCGCCGUUUCCGCCAGCAGACGCAGAACUGAUCAGCAUUAAUGGAGAGGACAGUUUAACACGAACCCAAACUCUUUCUACCACAGAGAAGAGAAGUUAG